UGACCUUCAGGCCAACCAUGGAGGAGUUUGCAGAUUUCAGCAAAUACAUUGCUUCCAUGGAAUCCCAGGGUGCACACAGAGCUGGCUUAGCUAAAGUCAUUCCUCCCAAGGGAUGGAGAGCCAGAGACUCCUAUGACAACAUCAGUGACCUCAUGAUAGCCACUCCACUGCAGCAGGUGGUCUCUGGGAGGGCAGGUGUGUUUACUCAAUACCAUAAAAGAAAGAAAGGCAUGACGGUCAGGGAGUACCACCACCUGGCCAACAGUGAAAAGUACCAGACUCCUCCAUACCAGAGUUUUAAAGAUUUGGAGAGAAAAUACUGGAAGAAUCACCUCUGUGGUUCCCCCAUUUAUGGUGCUGACAUCAGCGGCUCCUUGUUUGAUGAAAACACAAAGCAGUGGAACCUUGGGCGCCUGGCAACCAUUCUGGAUCUGUUGGAGCCAGAAUGUGAAGUUGUCAUCGAGGGAGUCAACACACCCUACCUGUACUUCGGCAUGUGGAAGACCACGUUCGCUUGGCACACGGAGGACAUGGACCUCUAUAGCAUCAACUACCUGCACUUUGGGGAGCCCAAAACUUGGGUCAAGACCGGGCAGUAGUGGACCACAGGAAACUCAUACCUCCCCAGAAGCAGCACCUGAUCACCUGGAAGGAUGUCCAUGCAGCCAGGAGAGCUUCACUGGGUUUGAGCCACUUCAGGCUUAGACAGGCUCUGCAACCCCCUCUGCCUGUGGCUUCCUGCAGUGAGACCUGCUGUGGCAGGAAUGUGCAUCGUGGUCAUCGUCGUUGUGCAUCUGGGCAACCACCUGCCGGAGAUGCUGCUGCCAGGUCCAGGGCCACAGCCUACAGCUCCCAAGAGCUCAGCCGAGCCCCACUGGCCUCCCAGCGUCUGUCUGUCCCAGAUACCCACUUGUCAGCUGGCAGACCUCGUCGUGGCCGUCCUCCCCGGCAACUAAGGGUUCAAGAGCCUAUCCACCAGGGUCUAGCCAAGAAGCAUAGGUUGGUGGUCACGGAGCACACAGCUCUGGAUUCAGAGCUUCAGUUCCAACCUGUGCAUGGAGCAACCUUGUACCUAAGAGCCCUGGACUUCAAUAUCUUCCUACAGCUUCUGAAUGUAACUUAACCUCUGAUCCCUAAACUCAGGGGCUGCCUUCAUAGCCCACUACUCUGCUGUCUGGAGGCUUGCUGAGACCUCUCAUAGGUAACUCACUGAACUUUGAGCCACUUUGUAGGACAUUGAUCAAGCAUAAGUGAACUGUGAUGCCUCCAGAUGCUGCUCAAUCCAGUGGUAAUUAUUAAAUUCACCAUAUUUGUCCUUCCUCCUAGAACUUGGGAUAUUUUUCAACUUUGGUAACUUCUGCGUCUUAGCUGAAGUUUCAUCCACUGGACACUAUGUCUCAGAACUAGGUUCCACUAAGAUUGCUGGGAACCUGAACUUUGCAUGUCUCCCCAUCCUCUGGACCAACUGUGGAGGGUGCUGUACUUUCAG